AUGAGCUCCCAGGGAGACAGCCAGCCUUCACAGGACAGCACCAUGACUCUGAUGCAGGAAAACCUCUCAGAGGUCCUAUACUUCGCCUACGGGUCAAACCUCUCAACUGAGCAGAUGCGCCAGCGCUGUCCAUACUCUACACCCGUCGGCCUGGCGUACCUCAAGGGCUGGAAAUGGAUCAUCAACGCCCGCGGCUACGCAAACGUGGUGCAGCUGCCCAUCGACUCAGACGAAGAUACCCCUGAUGCCGAAGAGAACAAGCAGCUCACCACCCGGUCAAAGGGAAAAGGAAAGGAGAAGGAGAAGGCCGAUGAUGAAGACGGUGUCUACGGCCUGUUAUAUCUUGUCCCGCCGGAGGACGAGGAGAGGCUGGACGGGUACGAGGGUGUGCCGUGGGCAUAUCAGAAGUUCCAGGUCGACGUCAAGUGGGCGAGCGCCAAGAAGGACGAGGACGAGACGUUGAGGGCGCUGGUGUAUGUUGACAGUGAGAGGGUGGAGGAGGAUGUGCCGAGAGAUGAGUACGUCGGGAGGAUGGAGGAGGGGAUUGAGGAUGCAGUUGAGAAUUGGGGGUUGGAUGAGGAUUAUGCGGAGAGGGUCAUGAGGAGGUUUUGGUAUGAAGAGGAGUAA